AUGGCUAAUCUAACUCUCAAAGAGAUGGCUGCACCAACCAUUGACCAACAACCUUUAUGCAUUCGAUACAAUGAUACGGUAGGGGGAGCUUUUGAGCUUAAAUCUGGGAUGAUUCAUCCUCUACCAAUUUUCAGAGGUUUAGUGGGAGAGGAUCCAAACAAGCACCUUAAGGAGUUCCAUGUGGUGUGCUCGAGUAUGAAACCAAAUGGAACAAUGGAGGAACAAGUAAAGUUAAGGGCAUUCCCAUUUUCUUUAGCAGAUAGUGCUAAGGAAUGGCUUUAUUACCUACCAUCCGGGACCAUUACUACUUAGAAUGAGAUGAAGAGGUUGUUCCUGGAGAAGUAUUUUCCAGUAUUUAGAGCCACACUCAUUAGGAAAGAAAUUUGUGGGAUUCGGCAAUACAAUGGGGAAAACUUAUAUGAAUAUUGUGAAAGGUUUAAGAAAUUUUGUGCAAGCUGUCCGCAUCAUCAAAUAAGUGAGCAAUUACUUCUCCAAUAUUUUUAUGAGGGAUUGAUGCCAAUGGAGAGGAGCAUGAUAGAUGCAGCAAGUGGAGGAGCGUUAGUUAAUAAAACUCCUACAAAAGCAAGGAACUUAAUUGCAACCAUGGAAACAAACUCUCAACAAUUUGGUACUCGAUCCGAUCCACCACCAAGGAAGGUAAAUGAAGUGGGGAUAUCCAAUAAUCUUGAGCAACAAUUGAAUAAUUUGGCUGCACUUGUGCAACAAAUUGCAAUUGGACAAGUGAAGACAUGUGGAAUUCGCUCCAAUCAAGAGAAUCUCAAGUUCCAACAAGAAACAAAAAUGUCAAUCAAGAAUUUGGAAAGCCAAGUUAGUCAAUUGGCUACUACUCUUGGAAGAUUAGAGGCGCAUGGGUCUGGAAAGCUUCCUUCGCAACCUUUGGUUAACCCUAGGGAGAAUGCUAGUGCCAUUACUUUGAGAAGUGAAAAUUCGCCAACUGAUUCUUCCAAUGCAAAACAUCCACCUAAGGUACAAUCUAAAGUUCUUAUUAAUACUUACGAACCUCCUUUGCCUUUUCCUAGCAGGUUUGCCACAUCAAAGAAGGAGGAACAUGAACAAGAAAUUUUGGACACUUUUAGAAAGUUACAUGUCAACAUUCCUUUGUUGGAUACAAUAAAGCAAGUGCCGCGUUGUGCAAAAUUUCGUAAAGAAUUGUGCACCAACAAGAGAAAACUUAAGGGAAACGAGGUGGUGAGCAUGGGAGAAAACGUCUCAGCGGUUUUGCAAAGGAAGUUUCCAACAAAGUGCAAAGAUCGGGGUAGUUUCACCAUACCAUGCGUCAUAGGCAACACAAGGUUUGAGAAAGCAAUGUUAGACUUAGGUGCUUCUAUUAAUGUCAUGUCUUACUCAAUUUAUCUUGAUUUAAAUCUUGGUACUCUUAAAGAGACCGGCGUAGUUAUUCAACUCGCCGAUCGAUCUAAUGCAUAUCCAAAGGGAGUUGUGGAAGAUGUUUUGGCGCAGGUAAACGAGCUUGUUUUUCCAGUGGAUUUCUACGUGCUUGACAUGAAAGAUGAAACAACUGUGAAAACCACGCCAUUGCUUUUGGGGAGACCAUUCAUGAAAACAUCCCGUACGAAAAUAGAUGUGCAUAAUGGGACAUUGACAAUGGAGUUUGAUGGGGAAGUCAUUCAAUUUAACAUCUUUGAUGCAAUGAGGUAUCCUAAUGAUGACAAUGAUUGCUUUUCCAUUGAUGUACUUGACUUUUUAACGCAGCAAAUAUUCAAGCUUAAGGGUAAAGAUCCAUUGGAAGUGGCAAUAUGGAAUGGGUUGUCAACCGAGGAACCUCAAAGUUUUAAUGAAGAUGUAGAGUUGGGAGAAGAGCUAAAUGAAACUACAGCAAUGUUAGAUGAGCUUCCAAAGAAAAAUCCAAGGUAUGAAAUCUCUUAUAUUUCUCUUCCCAUAUCUAAUGAGAAACUUUUACCUUCCAUUGUGCAGGCCCCUACCUUGGAGCUUAAGCCUUUACCAAGUCAUCUCAAGUAUUUAUACUUGGGAGAAGGAGACACAUUGCCCGUGAUUGUAGCGGCCAACCUUUCAAAGGUGCAAGAAGAGAAACUUGUUCAUGUGUUGAGAGAGUACAAAACGGCAAUUGGUUGGACGAUUGCUGACAUUAAAGGAAUAAGUCCUUCCAUGUGCAUGGACCGCAUAUUAAUAGAAGAAGGAUCGAACCCUACAAGAGAAGCGCAAAGACGGUUGAAUCCACCAAUGAUGGAAGUAGUGAAGAAGGAAAUAAUCAAGUUGUUAAAUGUUGGUGUGAUCUACCUAAUUUCGGACAGUAAAUGGGUUAGUCCAGUCCAAGUAGUUCCUAAGAAAUCCGAAAUAACCAUGGAUGCUUUGGUUUGGUUGAGUGGUUGCCCUGAAAUUGUAGAGACUUGGUGGAAUUUUGGGGUCACUAUCUUCACCGGAGCGAAGAAGAAUCGUCGCUGCGGUGAUGAGGCCCUGCAACCCACGGUGUUCCAGAUGAGGCGUAGUACCCAAAACUGUGGUAAAAGUGUGAUGAAUGAGGGAGAACCUUCUAACCUACCAGAAUCUACGCCUCCUACCUUGGCUGAAGCUAGAAUUCGGGGGAUUGUACAGGAAGUUAUGGCAGAAAGCCAAGGGAGAGUUGAGACCCCCGUGCAGUGGGAACUAAUAGAAGAUACUCAUGAUGUUGUAGUAAUGGCUUGGGAAGAAUUCAGGCGAGAGUUUGAGGCUGAGUAUAGAACAUAG